UCAUAAAUAUAGCACAAGCGUUCUAGAGACAUAUAUACAAGGAAACAAGGUGCCUUUCAGUUUCCUUUUUAUGCUCGUGGUUCAAUUUGUUACUAUCGUAACGGAGCGUGCGAUAUACUUACGAAAGGCGUUGGUUGUCAAAAUCGUGUUCCAUUUCGUAACGGUUAUUGGAAUACACAUAUGGAUGUUCUUUUUGGUGCCAUAUGUUACAGCGCACAGUUUCGGGGCUACCGCACCAACCGUCUUUUAUCUUAUCAAAUGCCUUCAUAUGUUAUUAUCAGCCUAUCAAAUGCGUUGUGGCUACCCAAGGCGCAUUUUGGGAAAUGUAUUUACAAAAAGUUUUUCAAUGGUUAACUAUGUAGCGUUUAAAGUUUACAUGGAAAUACCAUUUCUCUAUAUUCUUCGAACAAUGCUGGAUUGGUUAUGCAUUGAUACCACACUUACAGUUAUGGAAUGGAUUAAGAUGGAAGAUAUUUUUCAAUCUGUAUUUAUAGUGCGAUGCUAUAGGCAAAUGGAUGCAGAUUUUCCAGUUUUACGGGGUGAGCCGAAGGCGUUUUAUGCCAAAUGCCUAAUAGGUGGAACUAUUAUAUUAAUAUUAAUAGCACUCAUAUGGAGCCCGUUAUUUCUAUUUGCCCUUGUCGGAACAGUGGGCAAACCGAAUGUUCCUCGCAGAGCUGAUAUAGCCGUUAAAAUUGGACAUUAUGAACCUAUUUAUGUUUCUCAAAGUUAUUCUGGUAUACACCAGUUUACUGAUGAUAACUAUAAAGAGCUGAUUAAGAGCUUUAAUUUCGAUAUAUUUGCCACUGAUCAUAUUAUGAUAUAUGAUUCCGUGGAUAUUACCGCAGUUAAAUUUGAUGCCAACUCAGUGACAUUAUGGAAUAUGUCACCACCUGAUAAGAAACGUUUGUUAAGCGACUUAAAUACAGGUAAAAAAAUGGAUAUUCGAAUAAGAUUAUCAUUUAAUUGCGGCGUUAUGACUGAUACAAUACUAUAUGAAACGACAUACUCCCUUACCAAGAAUAGGGAAUUGACUCGUGAAAUGCUCAUAAAAACGUUGUCUGAUGAAAAUAGUAAUGAAAAAGUCGUUGUACCUGAAAUAUUACCAAAAUUCAUUACAGUUCAGAAAAUGCAGGUGUAUGCAAAAUUUAUCAAAGAUUUCGAUGGUGCGUAUAUAUAAUUUAUAUUUAUUAUUUAACUAUGCUAUGCACUAUGCUACCCACUUAGUGUUUUUCUUAAACUAAAAACUACAAGCACAGCCGCUGAAAUCUCCGCACUUAAGGCAGUGCACAAUUUUAAUACAGCCGUUUUUGGAAUACAUAAAAUUACCAGAUUCUUUGGAUUCAUUGCUUUUAGCGUAAUGUGGACAUUCUGCGAUUGUGUUGUGAUGAAACCUGUACAGGUAACAGCUAAAACACCCAUGACUAUUGACUACAAAUUCAUACCUGAGUUGUGUUCAGAAUGGUAGCAUUGAAUACAUUGCUUACAAUCGGCUGUUUUGCUUCUGACCACAUGUGUUCAGUCUGCCAUUUCGGUCGGUUCUGUGGGUGUAUUUUUAUUUAUUUUCUUAAUUUCACGCUCGUUUUCUAUGCCGUCUUGGAUGUUUUUCCGUUGUCGUAAACAAAGCCAUGCUGGCUAUAUGGUUGUCCGGAGACAAGUCGUUUCUGCCCACCACGUGCUCGGUGUACUCAACCAUCCCGUACCUACAAUGCUCUUAGUACAUGUCGUCUUCAUGCAGGUAAGCUUGCCACGUCGUUUCGAAAUUCUUGCGCUUUAGCUCGUUUUCGAUGGUUAGGAAACCUAAGAGUUGCUAUGUGCGCAUUUAAAAUAUUCUGGCUUCGAUAACACGCAUACUUUCAUAUUUUGUUUAUAAAUAGAACAGUUUAAGCGCUUAUGUGCUUUGCAAAGUUGACAAGGAGACCCUACGUGCGGCCAGCCCUACGGCGCCACAAGACUAAGGAUCGAGCCACAAAAGGCAGAGCUUCAACAGGCGAAGAAGAAAGUCCUUUUCAAUAGCGUUUUACCACCCUGGUCUAAAGUCUGGGGCGAGGGAACCUGAAAGGCAAUCCAACUCUGGGUCUUCUCUGAAUUGUUAAAAAAUAAGAGAGACAGACAACUGUAUGGUUAUUGGUUGUAGAUUUGUUAAUAUCGAUUGUGCGGACUGCGGGCCAGAGGUGGGACUACACCCAGAGAACCGAUGAGCCAGUCGGCGCGGAACAAACCAAAGCGUGAAACGAUCAGUUCCGUAACACUAUUAGCAUUACUCCAUAUAUCCAUAUCCAGACGCGCAUCUUUUUUGAA